UUCAUGGCUAUUGUUUUCUCCAUGCUCCCCCCGAGCCUCGGCAAAAAGACAGACAGCCAGACAGAUAGACAGACAGACAGUAUCACGGUGGUCACGAGAACAACGAUUGAAAAAGCUAGCAAGGAUUGCCAGAGCCCCAGUUUGAUAGGAAGGGCCUUUUGACGACAUGACCAGGAGAACAGUAGAGCGUGGCCAAAGCCAGGAACAGAACAGACUCACUGCUGGUUCGACUUGGAGCCCAUCGACCCCGCCGCCCCCUUGCAAUGUCAGAACCAGGAUUCGGCUCGGGUAACGCAACUCCACAUCAGACUCCAGUCGCUGGAACUCUGGCCAAUCUUUCCAACGGAUUCAGCGGUGUGGACGGCUUGCGGCGGUAACCGCUCGGAGGAAGAAAGACAAGGCGAAAACAACGCAACCUCGGCAGGUUCUUGGCCGGGGAUUCUGGGGGGUGUGUGGGUUCUCUCUUUUGCCUUCCUUCCGAGUAGCGCCCCAGGAUGGAUCCCUGCCACCUUCGAGCCUCCUCGCCUUGACGGAGCCAUCGAUGGUGAUGAGCAGCUUGUAAAGUAGUAGCUUGUCCUAAUGCUGUUU